AUGUGUGAAAGACAUCUGCUGGAAACGUUGUCAGGGCAAGGGUGGGGGGAGGAAUGGCAACUGGGUGUCAGUGCUGCGCGGGGUCUGUGGUGAACUGAAGGUUACGAGCCCCACGCAGAGAAUGCAGCAGCUGCUCCGCUCCAGCCGGUCGCCACCUCGGAGGGAUGAAGGCCCGUGUAGCCAAGACUGCCUGCCUUUUAUGACAAAUAAGAAAUCCAGAUCGUGCUGGUGUAAAAUCCCCUGAUUUAAAAAACUUGGCUAAUCCAAAAUAUUCUCUGGUCAAAGAAAUCACGUCUGAGGGCUGAAUUCAGCCCUUGGCUGGUCGCGGGACCUGUGUAACCAGUUUAUUGACCGGUGUGAAGUGGAUGGUCUGCAAGAAUGAAACGACUGGACUCUUCUGCCAUCACUGCCUUCAAACUUGUCCCGUCAAAUUUCCCCUCUCCAUCCUGUGACACAGAUCAGAAGAAUUCCGCAACCAUACCUGAGGAGUCAAGACAACCCUGCAAAGGACUCAUCAAUGCAAACCGAUUUGACGACUUCGGCCUUAAGGACACUGCUAAGUGCUUCUCAGAGUGUGCAGGGUCAGGGAAUGAAUCCUGCAACCUGGGAAACUUGCAGAGAUACUGGCUGAACUAUGAGAUCCAUCUGGCGGAGGAGAGUCUGACAGAGACAGUGAAUAUGGGUUUUUUGACGGCUCUUGUCAAGAACAUCAGCACCAGCAUCUCAGAAGACCUGCACUUCUCUCUGACCCCCUCUCAGGUUCCGAAGCAGGUGACAGAGGAUGAGCACCAGCACCCUGACAGAGUCCGGCUGCCCAGGAGCCUUUUUGAAUCCUUCCAGGGCAGCAGGCCAAUGGUUCGGUUGGCCAUAACCAUCCUGGACGUUGGUUCGGGGAAUGUCUUCAAGGGCCCCCGGCUCAGCCUAGAGGACGGCAGCAGCGUGUUGAACAAUCACGUGGUGGGCUUGAGUUUGGGUCAUAUAAAUGUCACCGGCCUGGCUGAGCCUUUGGAGAUCACCUUCUCCCACCAGCACCAGCCUCCUAACGUGACCCUCAGCUGUGUAUUCUGGGACGUGACUAAAGGGUCAUCAGGAGACUGGUCUUCCAAGGGCUGCUCCACAGAGUUCGGAGUCGAUAGGACUAUCUGCCGCUGUGACCACCUGACCUUCUUCGCCCUGCUGCUGAGGCCGGUCUUGGACCAAGUCACCGUAAAGGCCCUCACACGCAUUUCCCAGGCUGGCUGCGGAACCUCCAUGAUCUUCCUGGCCUUCACCAUUGUCCUCUACGCUGUCCUGAGGUUUUCCCGGCAGAAGUUCAAGUUUGAAGACGCCCCCAAGAUCCACGUGGCCUUGAGCGUCAGCUUAUUUCUCCUGAAUCUGGCCUUCUUCAUCAAUGUGGGGCAUGGCCUGAAGGGGUCCGAUGCUGCCUGUUGGGCCCGGGGGGCCGUCUUCCACUACUUCCUGCUCUGUGCCUUCACCUGGAUGGGCCUGGAAGCCUUCCACCUCUACCUGCUCGUCAUCAAGGUCUUUAACACCUACGUCGGGCACUACUUCCUGAAGCUGAGCCUCGUGGGCUGGGGCCUGCCUGCCCUAAUAGUCAUUGGCACAGGGAGCGCCAACAGCUAUGGCCCCUAUGCCAUCCGUGACAAGAAGAACACCACCACGUUGGAGCUGUGCUGGUUCUGUGAGAAAACUGCCACCUCUGCCCUCUACGUCACUGUCCACGGCUAUUUCCUCAUCACCUUCCUCUUCAGCGCCGUGGUCCUGGGCCUGGUGGCCUUGAAGAUCUUCACUCUGUCGAGUGCCACAGCGGGCAAGGAGAAGGGGCAGCACUGCAAGGGGGUCCUCACCCUGCUGGGCCUCUCGAGCCUGGUGGGCGUGACCUGGGGGCUGGCCAUCCUCACACCCCUAGGCCUGUCCACCACCUAUGUCUUUGCACUGUUCACCUCUCUGCAAGGUGUCUUCAUCUUCUGCUGGUUUGUUGUUCUCUACUUCCCAAGCCAGAGCACCAUGACCUCGUCUUCCGGCACUGCCCGGGCUGACCAGGCCCUCACCGUGUCUCAUGAAUAGCGGGCUGCCGUGUGGCCAGGCCGGGGCUGGCCUGCACUCUGGACUCAGCUCUGAUUUGCUGUGUGACCUUGGUGGGAGGGAAGAGGUGCUCCCUGCUUCCUUCUGGGCCUCAGUGCCCUUCUCUGUACAAUGGGACUGGGGAGCAAGGGGAUGGGAAUCAGGUUGGACCAUGUGGCCUCAAAGGUCUUAUCCAGAUACACCUAUGGGUCUGAGCGUUCACAGAUCCAGGAUGGCAGGAGUCUCAAGUCCCUGUAAUCCUGAGACCCCUGCCAGCACGCCCACCCCCUGCCUUCAGAGCAAAGCGGCCUUCUCGUCUCAGGAAGGGGCUGAGCCCAAAUAAGGAAGUUUGUCGUUGGCCGGCCUCUUGAAGGAGCCCCCAGCCGCUCCCCUCCCUUCCUUCCCCUUGUCACCGCCCUCCCACAACUCCACCGUCUGGCCGGGCACCUGGGGGGCCCUCAGGGCCACCAUCCCCUCAGGCACUGGGGCAGUUAUGGACUGGAGGUUUGUUGCCACGGUCGGGGGGUGGGGUUUGGUCCUCCCACCCAGGCUGCCCCUGGUCUCAGACACUCUCACCAGGGCCCAUCCUCAUGGAAGACCCCCUACCGUUCAGGGGGCUGCCAGCCCUCCAAGUGUUGGGGACACCGAAUAUCAAAGAAUGCCACUUACUCAGUAGGUGGGAUACCUCAAGCAAGCCCCCAGUCCCCACUCUGGCCUGCCCCGCGGUGACCUGACUUCUGAUCU